AUGCCACUCCUCGACACCACAAACGUGGCCAACCCAGCCAACGGAACCAAUGGCACAUUGGGUCAGGACAAAAUUAUAGACAGUAAUGGCCAUACCAAUGGUCACGGCAACGGAACGAAUGACAAAAACGGUACAAAUGGUGAACAUGCCAACGGGCAUGAGACAAUUGAGCAAGCCAACGGCCACAGCAAUGGUAUAAACGGGAGUAGUGGUAGUAAGCCCACAAACCCGAGCUUCGAGCCUGUCGCCAUUUGUGGCAUGGCGUGCCGACUGCCUGGGGGCAUCCGGUCUCCUAAGAACUUGUGGAAAUUUUUAGUCGAAGGUCGAGACGGGCGCGGCCUAGUGCCUAAGACGAGGUUCAACAUGGACGCCUACUACUCAGCGACGAAGAAGCCGGCGACGAGCAUCACCAAGCACGGCUAUUUCCUCGACGAGUCGGUAGAUCUAGGCGCCCUCGAUACGUCCUUCUUCUCUAUGACCAAGACCGAAGUCGUAUGGUUAGAUCCGCAGCAAAGAAUCAUGCUGGAAGUGGCACGCGAGUCGGUUGACGAUGCUGGCGAGUUCAACACCAGCGGAUCCAACGUCGGUGUCUACGUUGGGUCGUUUGGCCAGGACUGGUAUGACAUCUUGGCCCGCGAGGCCCUGCAGCAAAACUCAUAUACCAUCGUGGCGUCACACGACUUCAUGCUGGCGGAGCGCAUAUCGCACGAGAUGGAUCUUAAGGGACCGAGCAUAACGGUCCGCACAGCCUGUUCAUCAUCUCUAGUCGGGCUCAACGAGGCCUGCAUGGCCAUUGCCAAAGGCGACUGCGAGUCUGCCAUUGUAGGCGGCACAUCGCUGAUCCUCGCCCCGGAUGUAUUUACCCGGCUAUCGUACCAGGGCGUACUCAGCCCAGACGGAUCUUGCAAGACCUUUUCCGCCGACGCAAACGGUUAUGCCCGCGGUGAGGCCGUUGUCUCGCUGUACGUCAAGUCGCUGAGCGCGGCCAUCCGCGACGGCAAUCCAAUCCGCGCCGUGGUCUCGGGUAGCGCGGCAAACUUUGACGGCAAGACCAACCCAUUGACGACUCCGAGCGCCAGCGCGCAGGAGGCGCUGAUUCGCAAGGCGUACGAACAUGCCGGCAUUCAAGAUAUUGGAAAGACCGGGUUGUUUGAAUGUCACGGCACUGGAACCGUCGCCGGUGAUCCGAUAGAGGCAGAAGCCAUCGCGUCUGUCUUUGGCAAAAGUGGCAUCUACGUUGGCGCCGUCAAGCCCAACCUCGGUCACUCAGAAGGCGCCUCGGGCCUCACGGCUGUUCUAAAGGCUACGUUGGCCCUUGAGCAUCGCACCAUCCCGCCUAAUAUCAAGUUUGCUCCACUCAACCCUCGCAUCCCGUUUGCGGAGGCCAAUCUGCAGAUCCCAGAGGAGCCUACACCAUGGCCUGCGGACCGUGAUGAACGUGUGAGUAUCAACGCCUUUGGAGUAGGAGGGUCUAAUGCCCACGUCAUUAUCGAAUCGGCGGCAGGCUAUCUGGCUUCGCAUCCUCAUCAUAAUGCCAAUGCCAAUAUAAAUGCAAGCAUUGCCCAGAAAAAAGCCUUCGCCACCAAUGAGCCGCAGCUGCUCCUGUUCUCUGCUAAGACAGCCCAGUCUCUUAACGAUACUGUGUCCAACUAUCGGGAAUUACUAGCUGAAGAUGCGUCCUUGAAUCUGGUCAACGUUGCGCACACGCUCGCCAACAGACGGGAGCACUUUAACCGACGCACAUUUGCCAUUGCUACCAACGACACGUUUGAGGUGGCUGCUGCGGCAACUUCUAAGGAUGGUCCGGCUGUUUCGCCCUCGCUCAUCAUGGUCUUUACCGGCCAAGGAGCUGCGUGGCCACAGGUCGGGCGUGACCUUUUACGCUCUAACGCUACCUUUUCGCGUACUAUCGAUUCUCUUGGGAACCAUCUCGAGAGCCUUGGAGCAAACUGGUCGCUAAGAGAGGAGCUGCUCAAGCCUGCCAGGACCAGCCGCAUCCUCGACGCCGAGUUCUCGCAGCCGCUCUGCACGGCGGUGCAACUUGCCCUGGUUGACGCGCUGGCUGCUGUUGGAAUCAAGCCAGGUGCUGUCGUUGGCCACUCGAGCGGCGAAAUUGCCGCCGCCUACGCCGCGGGCGCUCUCACUACAGAUGAGGCCAUCGCUGUGGCAUAUCGUCGAGGAGCUGUCACCAAGCCCAAGGGCGAGGUCAAAACGCAGCAGGGAGGCAUGGCCGCUGUGGGACUCGGCUGGGAUCAAAUCGAGGAGUUCCUGGUCCCUGGGAUCGUAACAGCAUGUGACAACUCGCCUAACAGUGUUACCAUCUCGGGUGAUGCCGACAAGCUCGAGACGGUCGUAGCUGCUGUCAAGCAGGCGCACCCCGACAUCCCCACAACCACCCUCAAAGUCGGGCAAGCGUACCACUCGCACCACAUGCUCGCCUUUGGGGACGCAUAUUACCAAUCCAUGAUCGACUCGGGCGUUGUAGGCCGAGCGCCCACGGUUCCCUUCUUCUCCAGCGUCACCGGUGGGCGUCUAAGCAACACCAAGCUCAACCCACUCGGCCCCCACUACUGGCAGGCCAACUUGGAGCGCCCUGUUCUGUUUAAAGCAGCCGUUACCAGCAUCCUCAACUCUGACGACGUGGCCAACGCCAUUUUCCUGGAGCUCGGUCCACACUCUGCCCUCGCUGGCCCUUUGCGCCAGAUCCUAACGCACGAAUCGAGCAGCGCCUCUUACAUCCCGUCUCUUAUCCGUCGUCAGAACAGUGCUCAAAAUCUGCUUCAAGUCAUCGGAAAGCUUUACAGCCUUCACGUACCUGUCGACUUGCAAUCCAUAGUAUCCGGCGGCUCUGCCAUCGCUGAUCUCCCGGCCUAUCCGUGGGAUCACUCCCGAAGACACAUGUUUGAGUCACGCGUAGCCAAGGAGUGGCUCAACAAGAAAUACCCCGAUCACACGCUUCUGGGUGCCCGUGUUCCCGAGACCACCGACCUCGAGCCGGCGUGGCGUAAUCUGUUGCAGGUCGACACGGCACCUUGGAUCGUGGACCACAAGCUCGGCGACGACAUCGUCUUCCCCUUGGCUGGAUAUGUGGCCAUCGCCGCCGAGGCAGGGCGCCAAGUGUCCGGUAUUGACGACGGUGUCAGCUUCCGCAACAUUGCCGUCAGCGCUGCCCUGGUCUUGAGCGAGGAGGCGCCUACGGAAAUUAUCACCACUUUGCGUCGCAAGCGCUUGACGGACAGUCAGACAAGCGAGUGGUGGGAGUUUAGCAUCGCGUCUCACAAUGGCCACAUGUGGACUAAGCACGCCUCGGGCGAAGUUAAAGGAGAAAGAUUGGACAAGCAGCAACAAAAGCAGCAGUCGGAACAAGAGGAAGAGCUACCGCGAAAGGUGGACAGAGCCAAGUGGUACGACGCUACCUCAAAGCAAGGUAUCACUUACGGGCCCACGUUUGCGGGCUUGGAGAAUAUUAGGUCGUCCACAGCCUGGCCAAACAAAAGCACAGCCACGAUGAAGAACAACCGCUGGGGCGACGAGACACAACACCAUCUCCACCCAAUAGUUCUUGACACGUACUAUCAACUGAUGAGCUGUGCUCUGCACGAUGGCCUUGACCGCGAGUUCCGCCGAACCCUAGCUGCCCGGAUCGAUUCUAUGACCAUGUUCCGAUGCAACGAAGACAAUUUGGAUAUUUCUGUCCGAUCCGAGCCUACCAAUGAGGGUUAUAUCGCCUAUGGCACAGUUUCUGCAGGCUCCAAAGUUGUUUUGCAGGUUGACGGCUCCCACUCUACACUCUUUGAAGAGGCUGAAUCAGAAGAUGACAGCAGCAGCGGUAUACCUAUGACAGCCCGGGCUGAAUGGGUACCUCAUUUAGACUUUAUGGAUCAUGGUAGCCUGAUAGGAAAUUAUAAAGACCAAGACUCUAUCAUGGAAUUGGUUGACCAACUGGUACAGCUGGCUAUUGGCCAAGCUAACGCGAUAGCUGAGAAGACUGCAACAGAACCGCCUGUUCCUCACUUGAUCAAAUACAAAGAUUGGCUCAAGGGCCAGGCGUCGUCUACAGCCACAACGACCAAGUCCGUCGAGGAGCUUGUCGGGGAUCUUGGCGGCACCCCUGCUGAACAUGUCGCCACAGCAAUCUUUGCAGUGACGAACAAUAUACAAGAGCUGCUUCAGGGCGACAAGACGGCAUUGGAUGUUCUCAACACCACGAAUAGCAGCUUUGAGAGCUUCAUGGCCUUCUUCCGGCAGCAGGUGGACUAUAGCGAGUAUCUUCGUCACGCCAGCCACACAAAGCCCAACUCCCGUGUUCUCGAAGUUGGCGCAGGCCUAGGAGAAAAGACGACACAGAUGAUAAAGCACCUCUCUCGCGCCGAUGGCACUCCUCUCUACUCACGUUACGUCGCCACAGAGGCCUCCUCGGGGCUAGUCAACACGGCUAAGGAACGCCUUAAGGGGACCCGCAACUUUGAAUUCACCACGCUAGACAUUGCCCAGAAUUUGGAGGACCAAGGCUUUGAGCACGGUCCAUUUGAUAUUAUUAUUGCUGCAAAUGUGGUUAACGCUACAGGAAGCCAGAUCCAGGAUACCCUGCGGAACUUGCGUCAACUACUUGCCCCCCAUGGAAAGCUCAUCCUCGAGGAACCACACACUGGACUCACUUGGGCCAAAUUUGUGUUAGGCACGUUGCCUCGCUGGUGGUCCAACGCCGCGCAUGACCUCGACCGCGUACAUGAGCCAUUCCUUGAUCCGGAAAGAUGGCAAGAUGAGCUAGCGGCAGCUGGAUUUGCCGUCGCGAAUUAUGUCCAGCCACGAUCGGAUGCACAACGCUGGACGACCAGUAGUGUCAUUGUGGCGACACCUGAGCACCUUUUGGUGCCGUCGAAUAAGCGCAUUACUCUGCUUACACUCGAAUACAACGCAGAAGCGGAGACCAGCCCAAUUAUAGAGGAGCUCGAGGCGCGGGGCUAUGAAAUAGACCGUGUUUCGCUGGGCCAGACACAGCUUCCUACCCACCAAGACGUUCUGGCCUUGCUAGAAGAAGAGCAGCCGUUCUUUGAGCAGCUCAACGCGGAAAGACUGUCACAGUUAAAGAUUUUGCUUUCCAAUCUCGCGAGCGCCGGUGCCGGCCUUCUCUGGGCUACGCGUUUAUCUACAGUGGGCGCUGGCGACCCACGCUAUGCUCAAGUUACUGGGCUUAUUCGCACCCUGAGAUCCGAGCUGGCCUUGGACCUCGGCACCGUUCAAUCGAACAAGAUUACAAAUACCGCGGAAGCCGGUGCCCUGGUUAAAGUCCUCGACAGGUUCCUAGCCAGGAAAGAUGAGGAGGGAAGCGGUAGCGAAAGCGAGACCGCUGUGUCGGGCCCCGAUUUGGAAUACGCCAUACACAACGGCCAAACCUUGGUCAACCGUAUUUUCCCCUUUUCUCUUGCACAAGAGCUCGUUGUUUCACAGGAGGCAUCCGCCGAAGCUGUUGUCACGCAAACCAUUCCAGGCCGUCUAAACACCAUCACCUGGUCCAGUUUGUCCUCCACGGUGCCUGUGGGAGACGAAAUUGAAGUGGAAGUGUAUGCCAGCGGCGUCAACUUCCGAGAUGUGCUAGUGGGCAUGCAGAUCAUUCCCGGUCGCCAUGAUCCCAAAUUUGGCUAUGAGACGACAGGUGUUGUGCGCCGCGUCGGGCCAAACGUAACCAAGUUGGCCGUCGGGGACCGCGUCGUCGGCGUGGGUGAACGGACAUUUACCACGCUGAUUACAAGUCGUGAAGUGUACUACGAGAAGCUUCCCAGUCACAUCAGCUUUGUUGAGGCUGCUAGUAUCCCUACUAUUUUCCUCACUGUCGUCUAUGGCUUGCGAGACCUGGGACGCCUCGAAGAGGGGCAGUCGAUCCUUAUCCACAGCGGCGCAGGUGGCGUCGGCCUUGCCGCGAUCCAAGUUGCCCAGAUGCUAGGCGCGGAGAUUUACACAACCGUGGGCAGCGAAAGCAAGGUUGACUACUUGAUUGAGACGUUUGGCCUUGCCCGGAACCGUAUCUUCAACUCACGAAACGACUCCUUUGUGCAAGACCUGCUGCGCGAGACCCAAGGGAAGGGCGUCGAUGUGGCCCUCAACUCACUCUCUGGCGAGCUCCUUCACGCCACAUGGAAGUGCGUGGCUAAAUGGGGCACCAUGGUCGAGAUCGGUAAACGUGAUCUCAUUGGCAAUGCGCAGCUCGACAUGGCGCCCUUCCUGGGCAGCCGCAACUACUGCUGCAUCGACAUUGAUCAGAUGCGCUCCGAGCGCCCAGACAUGAUCAGCCGCCUGCUACGGUCUGUUAUGGAGUACUUCUCCAAUGGGCUUCUGCAGCCUAUCCGGACAGACCGUGUCUUUGAAGGGUCACACGUCUUGGAAGCCUUGCGGUACAUGCAGCAGGGCAAGCAUAUGGGCAAGAUUGUGCUCGAAAUUCGCCAAGAAUCUUCCCGCAGGCUACUAGUCGAUACCAUCGAAAAUGCAAAGACAUCAGGCGUGGCGCUGGAUGGACAAGCGUCAUAUCUUCUAGUCGGCGGGCUGGGUGGCCUUGGCCGCUCCAUGUCCGUGUGGAUGGUCCAGCGAGGCGCCAGGCAUCUCACCUUCCUAUCCCGCAGCGCUGGUAGCGGAGAACAUGACGUCGAUUUUGUUCGUGAGAUGAACAGCAUGGGAUGCACAGUCCAGCUCGUCAAGGGAGACGUUACCAAUCCCGAAGAUGUCGCCCGGGCCAUCAACGGAGUGCCAGCACCUCUCAAGGGCAUUGUGCAAAUGUCGAUGGUCCUGCGGGACCAGAUGUUUGACGGUAUGAACAUUCAAGACUGGAAUGCCGUAACCCAGCCUAAGGUCCAAGGCACUUGGAACCUGCACAACGCCGCCCUGGCUGGCAACAUUGAUCUCGACUUCUUCCUGCUUUUUAGCUCCUUGUCCGGCAUUGUUGGACAGGUUGGCCAGGCCAACUACGCCAGCGCAAACACCUUCCUCGACGCGUUUGUGCAGUAUCGUUCUGGCUUGAACCUGCCCUGUACGGCCAUCGACCUCGGCGCCAUGAAGGGUAUCGGGUACUUGUCCCAGAACAGCAACAGCCAUCUCCUCAAGAAGAUGCAAGGCACAGGAUGGAGCGUGGUGCACGAGACGGACCUUCUUGCCGCUCUAGAUUUGGCCAUGAUGUCUGUAGCAACACGCAUCCAGCGUGGCAACAAUACUGCCAGCUCCAUUGCCGACGCUUUCCUUCUAGGCCUCGUUCCAACUGCCUCUCCGAAUCGGCCUUCAAACGGCUCCCGUCUCAAUAAGGACGCCCGCAUGGCUGUCUACCAAAAUCUCGGCAGCUCUGGCAUCGAGGCCAAGUCUGGCUCCACUCCCGAUGGCCUUCGCGCGUUCAUUGCAUCUGUCAAGCAUGACCCGAGUGUUCUGCAAUCUCUUGAUGCUGUGAAGACGAUCGCAGUUGAAAUUGCCAAGAAGCUCUUCGCUCUUCUUCUGGUGGAUGAUGUGGAGGUCGAUAUCUCCAAGAGUACCGCAGAUAUGGGACUCGACUCACUCGUAGCUGUCGAGCUGCGAGCUUGGUGGAAGCUCAACUUAGGUUUUGACAUAUCGACGCUCGAUAUGUUGAGUUUAGGGACCCCUGAGGCUCUCGGAGAGCGUGCUGUUGAUGGUUUAAGGAAAUUAUACGAUCCGUAG